AUGGUAGCUUCAAGAGCUACAUUUCUCAUUCCGUUCACUUUCCUCCUACUCACAAUCUCCUCCUCAGUUUCAAUCCCGAACCAUGAGAACUUCUUCCAAUGCAUGGCCCACCACUUCCCAUCCUCCAUCCAAAUGCCCCACAUCAUCUACACUCCAAACACAACUUCCUACGCCUCUCUCUUGAAUUCUACCAUCCAAAACCUAAGGUUUGUGUCCUCCACCACCCCAAAAGCUCUCCUCAUUGUUGCACCCACCCAUGCAUCUCAAAUCCAAGCAUCCAUCACAUGUUGCAAGGACCAUGGCCUACAAGUAAGAGUCCUAAGUGGGGGCCAUGACUACGAAGGUCUGUCCUACUUAUCAAUAUCUGGACCAUUCAUCGUUGUCGAUCUCAUCAAUCUCCGUUCAAUCACCAUCGACGUCGAAGAUCGCACCGCAUGGGUCCAAUCCGGUGCAACAAUUGGCGAACUCUACUACGAGAUUGCGCAAAAGAGCAGCUCGCAUGGCUUUCCGGCAGGGAUCUGCCCCACCGUCGGUGUAGGUGGCCACUUCAGUGGAGGUGGGGUCGGGACCAUGAUGAGGAAAUACGGUCUCGCAGCCGAUAAUGUCGUCGAUGCCUACUUGAUCGAUGCCAAUGGACUGAUCCAUGAUCGAAAAUCCAUGGGUGAGGAUCUGUUUUGGGCCAUUAGAGGAGGUGGGGCAUCAAGCUUUGGUGUAAUUCUCUCAUGGAAGAUCAAGCUGGUGCAGGUCCCACCUACUGUGACUGUUUUCACCAUUUCCAAGACCUUGGAACAAGGUGCAACUAAGCUUGUGGAAAGGUGGCAAUCCAUUGCACAUAAAUUCAGUGAAGAUCUCUUCAUCAGAAUCAUCGUCCAACGAAUGGAUGGAGUGGGCUCAGGAUCAAGGACACUACAAGUCCUAUUCAAUUCCUUGUUUCUUGGGACAGUGGAAGAACUCCUACCCUUGAUGGGAAAGAGCUUUCCUGAAUUGGGUUUGGAGAAAAAGGACUGUUUGGCAAUGCCUUGGAUUGAAUCAGUCCUGUAUUUUGCAGGACUCCCGCAUGGGCCAGGACACUCUAUAGAUGUCCUACUGGAUAGAAGACACCAAGACAAGGCCUCUUUCAAGGCUAAAUCUGACUUUGUGGAAAAACCCAUAUCACAAACUGGGUUGGAAGGUGUUUGGGAGAGGUUGUUAGAAGAGGACAUGGUCUUCAUGAUCAUGGACCCUUUGGGUGGUAGGAUGAGUGAGAUAUCAACGGCUGAGAUUCCUUUUCCAUAUAGGAAAGGGUAUUUGUACAACAUACAGUACAUUGUGAAAUGGAAUGGGAGGGGGGUUAGAUUGUCCAAAAAACAUAUACAUUGGAUGAGGAGAUUGUAUAGGUACAUGAGUUCUUAUGUGAGUAGGACUCCUAGGGGUGCAUAUCUAAACUAUAGGGAUCUUGAUUUGGGUAUGAAUAAUCUGAAAGGGAAUGUUACCUACUCAACGGCUAGGAUCUGGGGUAGGAAAUAUUUUAAGGGUAAUUUCAGGAAAUUGGCACGUGUGAAAGGUGAGGUGGACCCUAGUAAUUUCUUAAGGAAUGAGCAAAGCAUACCACCCUUGUUUGGAAAGGAAAAGAGAGGAGUUUGAUUUAGCUGUGACUGGU